CCUUGCUGGGCUCCCCUAGCACAUCUGUUCCCGCAGGUUUCCUCGCGGCCUCCUCGGCCCCUCCUCCCCAGCCGCCCCUCCCACAGCUUUCCUCCGUGGCCUUGGUCCCUCCCCGGCCGCUGUCCCCAGGCCUCAUUGGCCUCUUAUCUCCCCAGUAACCAGACCACAACAGUGAGCUUGGAGUACCCAGGACAGGUCCAGCACUCCGGCAGAGAUACCGAGAGCCUAGAGGACCUGUCCCCCGCGCCAGAAUCAGAGCCGCGACGCAAGACAGAGAGUGUGAGAGGUGGGAGGUCGGGAGGGGCACGGCAAGAGGCCUGAGAGAUGCCCCCUCCAACCCGCUGGAGGGAUUGCGACCCAAAGAGAGGCCAGAGCUGGUUCUGGGAUCAGUUCCUAGCCUUUUGCCUUUCAUCGCCCACCCUCCUAGCCCUCUUCUGCUCGCCUCCUGAAGGGGUCCUCUUUGGCCAAGAUGCCUUUGGGACUCUCUGCUGGGAGCACCCGCUCCGAAGAUGGAAGCGAGGUCUUCUUGGAGGGAAUGGGUAAUUCGUACAUUCUUGAUUUAUUCUUUCUUUCCCUCAGUUUGUCCUGUUUCAGGUCCUGUGCAGCUGGGGCCCCGGGGAUGGGGAGGCUUUCCAGGACAGCCCUGGGGAGGCGGGGAGCAGAUAGUAGCCCCAAGCCUGGGGAGUGGGAUGGCCAGGAAGACUUCCUGUAGGAGGAGACGUUUGAGUGGGGCCCAGAACUGCUCCCAGGAAUUUCCACCAGGAGAAGGAAAGGAAGAGUGAGCAGAAAGAACAGCAUGUGACCAAAGCAAGGUUCUUCUGCCUCCACACUGUUGACACCUGGGGUCAGAACGUUCUUUACUAUGGGUGGGGGCGUCCUGGGCAUUGGAGGGUGCUCGGUGCAUCCCUGCCGCCCGCCGCUGCACACCAGAAGCACCCGCAGUCCACGCCUGCACAAUCAAAAAUGUCUCCAGACAUGGCGAAAUGUCCUUAGGGGGCAGAAUUGCUCCUGGUUGAGAACGGCUGGGAGACGGGGAGCUGGUGGAUGAGCCUGGAACGAGCCAAAAUUCCUAGGUCCUGGGGAGGAAGGGCCUGGGAGCUGGGUUCCUCCUGAAUCCCUGGCUUCGUCCUGCCUCAGUGGAUUGGGAGCUGAGCAGACUGCAGCGGCAAUGCAAAGUGAUGGAGGGUGAAAGGCGAGCCUACAGUAAGGAAGUCCACCAGCGCAUCAACAAGCAACUUGGGGAGAUCCAGCGCCUGGAGGGGGUGCGGGACAAGUUGCAGGUGCAGAUCAGCAUUGCCCAGAGCCAGGUCAAGCGGCUGCGGGACAGCGAGAGGCUGGAGAACAUGGGUCACCUGCUGAAGUGCCGGGUCCAAGUGCAGGCUGAGGUCAAGGAGCUGCAAGAGCAGACCAGAGCCCUGGACAGGGAGAUCCAGGAGUGGGAGACCCGGAUCUUUGCCCACGGUCAGGACGUCAAGGCUCCAGGAUGUGUCCUGAGUCAGAAGGUCAAAGUCCGGCAAAGGAUCAAAAUUCUAGAAGACCAGUUGGACAGGGUCACCUGUCGCUUUGACAUCCAGCUGGUCCGAAAUGCGACCUUGCGGGAGGAGCUGGAUCUCCUGCGGAUCGAGAGGAACCGCUAUCUGAAUGUGGACCGCAAGCUGCAGAAGGAGAUCCAGCACCUUCGGCACGCGGUCAGCGCCCUCAUGGUCUCCUCCACCUCUGCCUACACCAUCAGGGAGGAGGCGAAGAAUAAGAUAAGCAUGCUGCGGGAGAGGGCAGAGAAGGAGGUGGCCCAGAACGAAACGGAGGUACAGAUCUUGCAGCGGCAGGUAGCGCACCUGGAGCAACUUCACCGCUUCCUCAAGCUCAAGAACGACGACAGGCAGCCGGAUCCCGCCAUCCUGGCGAAGCGUGAGCAACGAGCCCGGGAGGUGGCUGAAGGCCUCCGAAAGACCUCCCAGGAGAAGCUGGUGCUGCGCUACGAGGACGCCCUGAAUAAACUGUACCAGCUGACCGGGGAGAGCGACCCCGACCUGAUGGUGGAGAAUAUUUCUGUGACUUUCUCUCUAUCGCUCUUGCUCUCGCUCUGUGUUCCUGCGUCCCUGUGUCUUUCUCUGGCUCUCUUUCCAUCUCUGGCUCUCUUUGUGUCUUUGUCUUUUUCCAUAUCUCUUUCUCUAUCCUGCGUGAGCCUGUCUCCGUGUGUCGCUCUGUCUGCGUGUUCCUGUCUCUCUGGCCCCUGCCUUUCCCGCCCGGCAGUGGAGGAGCGGAACUUCGCGGAGUUCAACUUCAUCAAUGAGCAGAACUCGGAGCUGGAGCACCUGCAGGAGGAGAUCAAGGAGAUGCAGGAGGCCUUGGUGAGCCGGCGCCGCAGCGAGGAGGACCGGCACGCUCAGCAGGAGCAGCAGCGGACUGAGUUGCAGCAGCGCGUGGACGAGGUGCACAUGGAGGCCGAGAACCUGGAGGCCCGCUUCCAGGACUUUCGCGGGCAGCUGGAGGCGCUCAAGACGGCCAUCCAGCGCCUCUUCACCAGGGCCCAGUGUGACAGCACACUCAUCAAUGACCUCCUCGGGGUCAAGACCCAGAUGAGAGACCGGGACAUAGGCCUCUUCCUCGGCCUCGUCGAGAAGCGGCUGGUGGAGCUCUUGAUGGUGCAGGCCUUCCUGGAAACCCAGAGCUACCCCUUCGCCAGCUUGCCUAGCGCUGCCCUCAUGGUGCUGGGCCAGAGCCCUGAGGAGCUUCCCAAGAAGGUGGUCCCGCCUCUGCCCCCUGACAAUCUGGAAGAGCCCCCAGGCUUUGAGGCCAGAGACGACUAUCCGCUGAGCAAGGAGGAGCUACUGAGCCAAGUGGUGAAGUCGCUGAAGGUCCAGGAGCAGGCGCAGGAGCAGCACCUCAAGGAGCUGGCCGAGGCCGUGAAGAAGGUGGACAGCACCCCAAGCGUCACCUUCUCCCAGAAGGCCAGCUCCAGCACCCGCCUGCUGCCCAAGAGCCCCAGCGCCAUCCCGGGGUCCAUCAUGAGCCACAGAACUAGUGGCAUCCUGGUGGCCAGCGGAGGCCGUGCCCCCAGCUCCAAUGUUGGCCACGUCACCUUCGGGGAGCCCAGCUCCAGCGCAGGCCGCAUGACCUAUGGCUCCACCAGUGCCACCGGGGCACUGGCGUCCAGCCGGAGCUCGACCGGGGGGCGCGUGACCUUCAGACCCCCCAGCUCGAGUAGCUACCUGGGGUCCACUGGCUACUUGGAGUCCAGCAGGGGCCACGAGAGCUUUGGAGGCCUGGAGAGCAGAGGCCCUGGGUCCGAAUCGAGCGGAGGCCUCGGGUCCAGCAGAGGCCAGGUCUCAAGCACCGGCCCCGCCUCUAGCACCGGCCAGGGCUCCACCACCAGCAAAGACUCCCGGAGCAAUUACUAGGGGCACCCAGCCCUCACCCUACCCCUGGUGCCUUGCAGGGCCUUCUCUGUGUCUCUGCCUCCCAGUUUCCCCCAGGACUCUCCAUCCUGCUCACCCAGUCCCGGGGACCCCGCCCCUGCCCAUCUCCGUCUCCCCUUCACCGUGUCUCUGGAUCUGUUUCCAUCGGCUCCCCUUCCUCUGUCUCCUGUUUCCAGCACUCCUUUCCCGCCCUGUUCGCUCGGUUUCCCAUGCAGGUCCUUCUGUCUUGCCUCCAUGUCUGUCUCGCCCUCUGCUCUGACCUGUCUGACCCAGCCUCCUGUUUGGCCUUCCCUGCUUCGAAUUCCCUCUUCUCACCUCCGUCUCCCAGGCUCUCCUCACCUCUCGGGGCCCUGUCUCUGAAGUUCCUCAUUCCUUGUCCUCCUCAAGAGUCCCCACUACUGACCAGUGUGGGAAGAAUGGGGGCAAAGGUGCCAGGGUCAGCAGGAGCUGGGACCAGAGAAAAUAAAGGUCAGAGUCUGACACUGA